UUUUGUUGCCUUUUAGUUUAUGGUUUACCAUUAACGUAAACAUUAUGUGCGCUUCCAUUGUUUUGUGACGUCAUUCAGCUGCUACUCGAUACGGAAGGACGCGUCACUACCCUGAAGAGCUCCGACAGACACAGAGGAGACCUGCUGGAUCUGAGAGACCAGGACCAAGAGCGGGAUGGAGGAGGACAACCAGGACCCGGAGCCCCGGAGCAACAACGUCCCCGGAGGACAAACAGCAGGCUCGAGCUCUGAUAGCACCGAUGUUCAGAAACAAAGAGGAAGACAUAGACUCAAAUGUCACCGCUGUCAGCACUGUGACAAAUCCUUCACAACAUCUGGAUAUUUAAAGAUUCAUCAGAGACUUCACACUGGAGAGAAACUGUACAGCUGUGACCAGUGUGAGAAAGCUUUCACUACAUCUGGUCAACUUAAAGUCCACCUGCGUGUUCACACUGGAGAGAAACCGUACAGCUGUGACCAGUGUGAGAAAGCUUUCACUCAACCAGGUCAACUUAAAAUCCACCUACGUGUUCACACUGGAGAAAAAGCGCACAGCUGUGACCAGUGUGGAAAAGCGUUUAACCAGUUAGGUCAAUAUAAAAUCCACUUACGCUUUCACGCAGGAGAGAAACCGUACAGCUGUGACCAGUGUGGGAAAGCCUUCAGUACACUACACCACCUAAAAACACACCAGCGCGUUCACACUGGAGAGAAACCGUAUAGCUGUGACCAGUGUGGGAAAGCCUUCAGUACCCUACACCACCUAAAAACACACCAGCGUGUUCACACUGGAGAGAAACCAUAUAGCUGUGACAUAUGUGGAAAGGCCUUCUCUCAAUCAGAUCAAAUCAACAAACACAGACGUGUUCACACUGGAGAGAAACCCUACUGGUGUGAACAAUGUGGGAAAACUUUCGGUCGGUUUGAUAAGUUAGAAAAACACAGACGUCUUCACACUGGAGAAAAGCCGUACUGGUGUGAACAAUGUGGGAAAACUUUCCGUGGGGCUGAUAAGUUAGAAGUCCACCGCCGUGUUCACACUGGAGAGAAACCGUACUGGUGUGAACAAUGUGGGAAAAGUUUUGCUCAAUCAGGUAACCUAAAAGCCCACCGACGUGUUCACACUGCAGAGAAACCGUACAGCUGUGACCAAUGUGGGAAAGCGUUUAAAGAGAGUCGUACACUUAGAAGCCACAAACUCAUUCACACCACAUUGUUGUGAUUUUUUAAAGUCAAGUUAGCCGUUUCCUCAUGCUUAUCCUCCCUGUGUCCCGUGCAAGAGAGUGAAAGACUAGAGUACCACUCAGCAUAGCUGCCACAGAGGUUGCGGUGUAGAUAUUAUCUAGAUAUUUUCUACGUUACAUUAGCAUGUAGCUGACGCAUUUAGCCAAAGCUUACAACUUACGCUUAUAACUGCUAUAUAUGUCAGAGGUUGCACGCUUCUGGAGCAACUAGGGGUGUAAUGCUAUGUUAAAUACAUCAUAUUUUAAUAUUGGACUACACAGAUAAAAUCAGAAGGAAGGAAACAGAUGUUUGUUGUUACUCCGGUUUCACACACAACGCAAAUUUUCAAUUUCCGUUGCACGAGUUUGACCGCUGGACUACUCGCACAAGUUUUCCACACUCGACAAUGCAACAGCAUAAAUAAACAACCUGCCAUUACUACAACUGUAUGAACACAAAAUGAACAUUUUUCUGCGAUGUAGUUAAAACAAAUGGAUCAAACGGAUGACGAACUAAUAAAAAAUAAAUAAAAAAUAUCAUGAUGCCCAUAUGUAAAAAAUAUUGUUAUUAUAAUGCAUUUUAUAUUUUAUAUUGGUAAUACAAUGACCCUGUGCACAAUUACAUGAAAACCAAUUAGUAUUUAGAAGACAGUGAUGGUAACUGCAAUGAGCCCAACAAACGACGUAAAUACAGUUUUAAGCGUUUCUCCUGUUCUGACACUUAACUUGAUAGCUGCUGGAUUUAAAAUGGAGAAGAUAUUCUGGUUGGUUGACUAAACAGCGUGACGCGUUAUCAUGUGCAGUGGACGAAAACUGGGAAUUUGAGAAAGAGUGCACCUCUUUUGUGCACCUCCUGCCUCACCUACUACACCAACCUUUCUGCCAAGAAGUAGGAUUUGGUGCAUUUAGCUGCCUCUUGUGCAAACAUUUUUUUCCUUCUUAAAUCUUAUUUUUUGUCGGCACCACAUAACUUUUUUUCUGUCCUUCCGCCACAUUUACCAUCUCUGCUGUGCUUAUCACAUAACCCAGCGCUGAGUUCAGCCCUGCCAUAACGUUUGGAGAUUGAACUCACCCCAGACAGAAAGUAAACUUUGAUCAACGACGUUGAGCCAAUCAGAUUUCAGCAAAAACGAGGAUCAGUCCAAGUGUGGACGGGCUACUUGUAUCCAUCCAUCCUCCAUUUCAAAAGUAUUGGUUUGGCCCAGUUUGAUGGACACAGACAGUGUUCACUGCAGCAGACUGGCCGGCCAGCGCGGUUGCAGAUCAUGAAGUAAAACAUUAGAAAUGGGCUGACUGUUCGGGAACACUCCCGCUCGCACAAUGGCCGGUCCGCCCCUGGAGUCUGCAGACACAUAACACACAGCAGCAGAACAACGUGUAGCAUUUUUACAAGAACAGCUAACAAUUAAAGCUUCAGUUUACAACCUGUUAGCAGACAGACAAACCAAAGCUAAAAGUUAACUCACCCAGCGUUCCAACACAGUCUCACUCCCUACUCGUCAAAUGUUUGACGCAUGGUCAAGGCCCUUUGUCGUCGCUUUUUAAAGACUU